AUGCAACAGCCACCCCUAGAUCAAUCCCCACUACCAGCACCCCCUACUUCGACGCCGUUGAGUCUGAUGUCUCCUCCAAUGACGGCUGCCAAGGGUCUAACCAUUCCGUCCGAUGGCCUCUUGCACGCAGUUCCAGUGGCGACGACGGCGUCGAUUCUGAUUCUGAAACCCACCAGGGUUGUGACGCAGGACCAGAGCGCCAGCUACAGCCAGGCAACCAGCUUGGCGAUGCCAUUGCAUUCACCGAACGCAUCCAAGCCUGGGCGCAGACUUGUGGUUUUACGGGUCGGGAUUCUCUACCGCGCUACGUUCUACUGCAACUGA